CGGGCAACAUGGUCGUCGUGCACUUCUCUGACUUCAAUGUCUGCACACUGGACCUGAACAGCAGCACGGCCAUCGUGUCUGUUGCCCACACUUCGCAAGACGGCACGUCCGGAGAGCCUCACUCUAUCACCUUACGGUCGCACACUGUGGAUACGUCGAGUACUUCAGGCAGCAAUAGUGCCGUGUCGGACGCUACCAAGGGCAUGUCCGACACGUCCACCGCCAAAGAUAUGCCCAGCGACGCGGUCGGCACGCGAUCAAGCACGCUCGGCGCGUUCGUUUCCACCGUCAAGACACGACCGUCGCAAACGCCGAGCCCCUUGCUCAGCAUAUAUGACACGAUCCCCACCUCGGAGACCUUGCCCUGCAACGCGAUCGGUGCGCAAUCGAGCACGACCGGUGCGCCCACACCUACGGUCAAGACGUACCCGUCGAGCAUGGCGAGCACCUCGCUCACCGUACACGGUGAGCCCAACACCUGCGAUGACAUCGCGAUCGACGUACUCCUGAGCACGUCGAUCGACGCAUCCGCAUUGACAGCUGCCACCGGUUCGACGACAUAAAAGGCAGGCUCGUCCACACUCAAGCACUUACCCUCGAAGCAUCACCGUCGCGUACGUCGAGCCCGUUGCUCAACGUAUCCGACGAGAUCAACACUUGCGAUCAGGCCGUAGUCGACGCGCUCAAACGCUCGUCGACCACGCCCACUCCGAUAAGGCCCUGGUCAAGGCUCCGUCAAGCGACGCAGUUAGCGCGCGACUGAGCACGACUGGCGCGUCCUUCUCUAUCAAGAUGCUGUCAUCGAGCAGAGCCAGCCCUUCGCUCACUGCAUACGGCGAAUCCGACACCGGUGACAACG